CAAUGGUAAGUUUCAAAUCUCAGCUUAAUUAUUCUGUUCAACUUGAAGCAACUAUAGGGAACUUUGAUGUCAUGAGUCUGCUCUUAUUUGAUGCUCCUCACAGCAUAGGCCAUGGGAAUAGUUGGCUGCUAAUUGAUUUGUGGAUGCAGAUGGAUUACCUGUUCUUAUCUGCUCCUUUCAUGAAAUGUUUACAAUUUUCACUUGCAAAUAAUUGUUGGACAGGCAUGUUUUCUACUCUAUCAUGAAAGGCCACAACUCACAGGGUAAGCCUUUCCACUGUUGACAAUGACAAUAAUCUUCAACAAGAAAGUGGAGAAGGUUGGUAGCCAUCACUUGCAUGCAAAUCUAAUCAGAUGGUUAAUAGAGAAGAAAAGGGAAUUAUACAAGGAAUUACUGCUACUUGUCUAUUACUUCAUCUGAAAGCAAGUGCAGAUGAUAGCAGCAGAGCUGCUGUCAGAAACAACAGAUUCAUCUACAGAUUCACAGGAGGCCUUCUAAAGUGUUCUGAGUAACCUAUGAUUCAGAGAUUCUUAGAUGUCCCUGCUAUUGGACCACAUUGCCACACCCAUAUGAGGUAGAGUUGUUUACACUGUGCGUCUCCUUCAGCUGGAUUCAAGGACUCUGGAAGAGAUUCUUCAUCACACUUGUAGUUUAUUGGGAGAUACAGAUGAUCUCUUUUACUUGUACCUAUCAAAAUCUUCAGGUGCAAGCAAAGGUGUAGGUUUAGUCCUCUUUACUUUCUGAAGAAUAAGGAAGUCUUAAUCUUUGCUGGCUAUACAACACUGGUUGUUCAUGAUGGAUGGACCAAAGUGAACUGAGAGCUCUGUCCCGUCUCUAGUUUUCAUUUCCUGCAGAACUUGGAUCCCAUAGGGCUCACUGUGGUUGCCGAUAUGUCUCUUUUGAUCAUCACCAAGAUGAUUCUCAUGGUCGUGAAAACCCUUUUUCGAUCUGUAACAAUCUCUUCUGUUGAUGCUGUUAUGUGUUGUUUUAAUGCUAGAGAUGACCGCAGGAAGCUUCGACUGAAAGCACAUGAAUGCAAAGAAGAGUUGGGUCGUCGGUUGUCAUCUUCUUCUAGUAGUAGCAGCCUUCAAGGAAGGAAUUCAUCAUUCAUCCAGCCCACUCAUGAAGACCUUUGGGCUUUUCAUUGAAUCCAUGGACAUGAAUGAAGAGGUAGAAGGAUGCUUCGCUUGAUCGACCCACACACACCCCACUUUGUCAUCUUCCCACAUUUCCCAAGAAAAAUUCAAACAGAAGCCAGCCGAAUGAGGGCCAAGAACCAAUUUUUAUUAGAGAUAGAGCUUUAGAUUCAAUACUAAAUUGCUAUUCUCUGCAUGAGUGCAGAGGCCAAUUGACUAGCUCUACUAAAUCGUGCUUAAUGAUCAUAGCAAUGCUGUGAGUGGCCUAGAAGCAAGCAAGCAAGAGGACACAGCGGACACAAUAUGAAAAGAAGCAUAGCUCUUUAGCCUGUAGCCAUGUCGCAGGACCGAGGAAGAAGCUUCCCAAGGGUUCAAACUACUCGCUCUUCUCGUGACACCGGUAAAGAGGAGACUGAAAAGAGGAGGGAGGUAGUAAAUGAGCAAAGCUUUCAUCCGUAAACAUAUAAUGCAGCUCAGGGAAGGAAGCGAGGAAUCUAGAGGUUCCUCAAGCUCCAUGUCGGUUAUCACUACUGGCUUCUCCCCCAUGGACAGCAUGACCCCUUCAUAUCUGCAAACAUCUACUCUUUUGCCAGCCAUUGGAAGGCAUUCAUUAGACUCCAGCUCCUACUUCAGCAACAAGGGCAACCCAUUUGUUGACUCAUUCCCUGAUCCACUCUGCAAGCUCAACCUCAAGGAGACAUCAGACUUCGUCAAGGCAUUUCCAAUGAACACAAAGUGCAGCAGCGAUAACAGGGGGCUGCUCGAAGCCUCAAGUCAGAGGAGGAGAGAAGGAUUAAGCUUAAUGGGGCAGAAAAGGCUGGAGACUCCUUCAACCCCUGGGAAGCCUGUUUUCAGCUUCAGCCCUGGGCACCUUUACAGGAAGAACAUUCCUUCCAAGUGGGAUGAUGCGGAGAAAUGGUUGAUCAGUAGCUCUUGCAAUGAAUCCCCUGCUCAUGUGACAAAACCAACAGACUCAUCAUCAAAAAGUUCCAGGCAACACGUCAUUCUUCCACAGAAAGGUGACUCCUUUGCUGAGAAGCAGAUGAGUUUUGCUGAGAGAAAGGAUCUAAGCUCCCCUAUCCCAGGUUUUGAUGGUCCAGUUAUGUCCAUGGACCCAAUUGUACCUUUCAGUGGAGCCUCUUCAGAAGUACUCCUUAAAGAUAAGUUCACAAACAAUGCAGAUCAAGUCUACCCAAAUUUUAGGUACUCAGAACCAUCUGAAGAAGAUUUUGUUUCCAGAAACUCAUGCUUUGGACCACCCAUGAAAGAUACAACGACAGCUGCUGGAAUAUGCGAGGUUCAGCGCAGAGACAUUGGCACUGAGAUGACUCCUUUAGGGAGCUCAACAGCAACAAGAUGCAAUACUCCAAUUAAGAGCUCUUCACCAGCAAGGCACAACACUCCAGCUGACAGAUCUGGAGCUUUGGUUCCUUGUAACACAUGCAUCGAUAUUUCUGAGCUUAAUGACUGCCACUUUGCCAAGCUAAAGCUUAGUGCACAAUACGACCCAAUCGUAUCAAAUUGGAGCACAAGGGAAGAGGAAGAAGAGGAGGUAUCAAGGAGUUUGAGGCACUUAGAAAUAAGCAGCGGAAGGACGAGCAUUGGAGUAUCUUGGGCUUCUGCCUGGGAAGAAGAAGAGAGGACUAAAAGCUGUCUCAGAUAUCAGAGAGAAGAAGCAAAAAUUCAAGCUUGGUUAAACCUUCAGAAUGCUAAAGCAGAAGCUCAGUCCAGAAAGUUGGAGGUGAAGAUACAGAAGAUGAGAUCCAACUUGGAAGAGAAGCUGAUGAAAAGGAUGGCAAUCGUUCACAGGAGGGCUGAGGAAUGGAAGGCAACAGCACAGCAACAGCACUCCCAACAGCUAAAGAGAGCAUCUGAGCAUUCACAGAAGAUGAAGAGUCAGCACAGCUCUCGAUUCCCUGUCAACUCAACUUGUGGUUGCUUCCCUUGCAACAACCAGCUCUAGUACAGACCAAACAGUGACCAUGUCUUCUCUCUAUAGACCAGAAAAGUAAUGCAGCCAAAGGAUCCAAAAAUGACUGGGCGCAUUGUGAACCUGUGAUAUCUUUCUUGUAUUCUUCACAAAGGAUAAUUAUUCUGGUGUUUCCUUUUUGGCUUUGUUGAUGAAAAAGAUUGGUGGAUUUUGGUAUGUUCAUAGAGUUCGUAGUAAAGGUAAAGU